CUCACGCGCCCGUUCGCUCCGCUGCGGCUUCUUCGCCCCAUCGAUGGAUCUAUCGAACCCUCGCUUCUCGACUGCGACAAGGUUGGCCGCCGACGUUGAGCCCGCGCCCACAGAUAUGGCGUCUGCGGCGAUCUUGUUACGGCAAUCGAGCAGUUUGACGAUCCGGGAGUUCAAGAACUACAAGAAGAGCGCCGCCCCGUCGAGGUUCUUGUUCUUCCGAGACGGCUCGUGGGCCGACUUCCCUCCGGCGGUGUUCGACGCCCUCCGGGAGGGAUUCGUCGCCGGGAAGACCGCCUUCGAACUGACAGUCGAAGGGCGCCCCUACUUCUUCGAUGUCCUCGAGAUGUUGCAGGUCGAUCUGGAGACCGGCACGGUGAACUCCAUCGCCUGGAUCGAUGUCCACGGUCGAUGCUUCUUCCCGGCCGUGGGUGUCGACGAGCGGAGUAUCUCAGCCCUGCCCAAUCCAGAACCAGAGAUUGAAUGCAAUCCGGUCGGGUUUUGGCAAGAACAGAGUGGCGAAAGCAGUGGCGAAAGCAGCGACGAAACCUCCGCGACCUCUAGUUUGGACCAACCGAGGUGGCCCGGAGCGGAGGCAGUGAGGGAUGGGGACAAGUACUUCAAGAUCGUAGAGAAGUUGUUCCUUUCGGGCUUUCGGCGAUUCGCCCCCAACACCAUCGUCACUUCGAUCCACAAGUGCUCGCAAUCCGGUCCCCUCCGCGCUUCCCGGUUGAAAACCUUUCGGAUGCAUGUGGAAAUGACUAAAGCCGCCCGCGGCGACGCCAACGUGAGAUUUGGCUGGUACGGAGCGUCGGCGACGGAAAUGGCGACCAUCGUUUCCCACGGCUUCGGGCAGCCCAACAACAGGAGCCUGGCUUCGGGCGCCCGCGGCGUCGGCGUCCACCUCUCCGAGCCACAUUCGCCAUACUUGAGUUCUCUGUCGACGGACGCCGACGCCAGCGGCGAACGGCACAUGGUGCUGUGCCGGGUGAUCGUGGGGAGGCCCGAGAUGGUGGAGGAAGGGUCGGUCCAGUAUCACCCCAGCAGCGAGGAGUUCGAUAGCGGCGUCGACGACAUCGCACAUCCGACAUGGUAUGUGGUGUGGAGCACCCACAUGAACACACACAUACUCCCCGAGUCUAUUGUGAGCUACAAGCCCUCAACAACGCAGCCUCAAGGUCCUCCGCAGUCGGUGAAUUCGGCAAGAAAUCCUGCUUUAGACAUCUCGAUUCCUCGGCUGCUGGAAGAGUUGGGGCGGUGUCUUCCAGCCUCGUCGACAGCACCUUUGCAGAUGAUCUUUAAGCAGUACAUGGGAAGGAAGAUGAGCAAGAAAACUUUUUUCAGAUGCAUUAGGUCGAUAACGGGUGACGAAGUACUGAUUUCUACAAUCAAGAGAAUGAGAGGGCAUUAGGUCUAUAACGGGUGACAAAGUACUGAUUUCUACAAUCAAGAGAACGAGAGGAUACUGAUGUCAAUCAAACAAUAAGCUUCAGCUUUGCAUCCCACAGUGCUGUGCGUGCUGUGUGAUACAACUGUUGAAUCAUCUUACUAACCUUCUUAGAGCUUUUCUGCUUCUUUGUGAGAAUUUUUUCGUAUGUAAAAUUUCCUUUGUGGCAAUUUACUAGGAAGUGUAUGGUGAUGUAUAAUCGUGAAACCUGGAUAUUUUGGCUCCCUACUAUUCUUGCAGCUAUAUGCAAAAAUACAAAGAGAAUCUUUGUA